UAAUAUGCGAGAUCCGUAGACCCGACUCAACUGCGCGGUCACAUCCCGCCCCGACUUCCCCUCUGCCAGCGGCCUGGUGGUUUGAGAUGAGUAGAAGAUGUCGGUUUCGGGGCUGAAGGCCGAAUUGAAGUUUUUGGAGUCAAUUUUUGACCCAAACCACGAACGUUUCAGAAUAAUAGACUGGAAACCAGACGAACUCAGUUGUCAAUUCAACGUAACAGGGGAGAAGCUGCUGAUCAUUCACUGCAACAUCACGGAAUCCUAUCCCUCAACACCGCCAAUAUGGUUUGUUGACUCUGAUGAUCCCAGUCUGGCAGAGGUGUUGGAGCGCUUAGAGGAUGUGCGAAAAGGCAGCACGUUGCUUCUUCAGCAGUUGAAGCGCCUCAUUUGUGAUCUCUGUCGGCUUUACAACCUUCCACAACAUCCAGAUGUAGAGAUGCUCGACCAGCCUCUGCCUGCUGGUCCAAUAACACAGGAGCGAAAGCAUGGGCCACCAGAUGAGGUGACAUCUGAAGAGGAAGAGGAGGAGGAAAUGGGAGAGCAGGACAUUGACCUGGACCAAGACCUGGACCAUUAUGACAUGAAAGAAGAGGAACCUGCAGAUGGAAAAAAGUCAGAAGAUGACGGGAUAGAAAAAGAAAAUCUGGCCAUCUUGGAGAAGAUUCGUAAAAACCAGAGACAGGAUCACUUGAAUGGUGCAGUAUCCGGCUCUGUGCAAGCCUCAGACCGCCUAAUGAAGGAACUCAGGGAGAUCUACAGAUCACAGAGUUACAAGACGGGUAUUUAUUCAGUCGAACUAGUCGGCGACAGCCUUUAUGAAUGGCAUGUCAAGUUAAGGACGGUAGACCCAGAUAGUCCAUUACAUAGUGACUUGCAGGUCUUAAAAGAAAAGGAAGGAGUGGACUACAUUCUGCUCAAUUUCUCUUAUAAAGAUAAUUUUCCUUUUGACCCACCUUUUGUACGGGUUGUCUCACCUGUGCUCUCCGGAGGUUAUGUUCUAGGAGGAGGGGCCUUGUGCAUGGAGCUUCUCACAAAACAGGGCUGGAGCAGUGCCUAUUCCAUAGAGUCUGUCAUUAUGCAGAUAAAUGCAACUCUGGUUAAAGGAAAAGCCAGAGUGCAGUUUGGAGCCAAUAAGAACCAGUACAAUCUUGCCAGAGCACAACAGUCAUACAAAUCCCUUGUGCAGAUUCAUGAAAAGAAUGGCUGGUACACACCACCCAAAGAGGAUGGAUAAGGAGCUACUACCACUAUGCACUGAGAACAUGUCUUUGGGUCAAAGUAUCUUGUUUUCUUUGGAACAUCCCCCCCCCCCCCACACACACACACACACACACACACCCCGACUCAACUUGGGGAUGUCUCAUCUUUCUUGCGGAAACCAUCUCGCCAGUUCAUCUGACAAGUAUUCCUUCACCCCGCUCCAGGAAAGACUGGAUUCUGGUAUAACUUGGCUUCUCCUCUCAGUGUUUGAGUGAGGAGGAGGACAUGAGGGUAUCACUAUUUCUGUUUUCUCAAUAUGCUCAUUUGUCUUUAAAAAAAACUUUCCUCCUUUAAAUGUGGGGAAAUGCUUUUUCUUUAGCUGCUUUGACAAAGUGGGCUUCACCAACAGUCAGAUAGCCCUCGUUAAACACGAAUUUUAAAAGACGAUUGAUACUGAAGCUCUUGAAGUGGCACCUCACUGCACCUGUUUUUAUUGACCGCCAUUUUCCCCUUUUUUUCUUUUGGAAAUAUAAUUGGUACAUAUUGCAAAUAUUGUUUUUGAAUUAUUAUUUGGCGAUUGUUUUUAUUAUUUUGAGCAUAUUAUACAAUAAAUGAGCCAAUUUUUGUAUUUUGGAAUCUUUAAAUUGAGAUGACCCACCACUCUGUAUCUUUUAGUUCCUUCUAAUAAUAUGGGCCAUGCAGAAUCAAAAGCUACAAUGCUGUUGAACUAAGAUUGAGUGUUUUCAGUGAACAAAUCCACCAAGGGUUGAUAAUAAGAGGGCCAAGGGUCAUUAACGAUCAGAAUCUGCAUAUUUCAUAUCUUGGAAAGAGGACACAAAGAUAUAUUUUCACCAGAUAAUGAGAUCAGCGUCAUUUUGGAAGUUCUAACAGAUUUAAUGUUGAUGCUAAAAAGCUCUUUUUGCCUUAUUUCUGUUAAUCCAUCAGCCCUGCAAGUGCUUAUUGGGGCUACUGGUGUUUCAGUUGGUUAUAGCUGUAGAGAUUGAUGGCAAGUUUGAUGCUGAAAAAUGAAGCCUCACGUGUGUAAAACUGACAGCAUGUUGCACACAAGCCUAGUCUCAACCAUUGUUAUUGUUGGAUGUGAUUACAGAGGGAAUGAAGGGUGUUUGGAUGUGAUUUCUUUUUCAUCACACAGUUUUGCAGAAAAAUGUUUGUGUCAAAUCUUCCUGACAUGCACCAGUGGUAGUGGUUCGCUCCUGACCAGUUUUAGAUCUGAAAUUUCAACCCUGUUACAUGACUUCCCAUGCAGCUGAAUUCAUCCCCUCUUGGGGGCUUAACAUCCAUCAUUUGCCUGGGCUUCCUUUCACUGAUGGUUCGGUGUUGCUUUUGGUGCGCAACAAGAAGGAUCACUUAGCAGUGUGAUAAGAACUGACCUAAAACUCUGUACAUUUGAACUCACACCAUGCAAUAUAUCAGUACUGCUGUUCCCCAUACUACAGGACACACUGUAUCUAUCAAUCUGUUGGCUCUUUUGCAGUUUAUUUGUUAACACUGUCUGCAAAGGUUUGUUUAAAUGGCAACUCAGGUAACAAACAAUACUUAGGAGGGGAAUCUGUACGUGUUGGGUUUGGGGUUAUAUUUUGGGUUAAUUAACUUUCUGUACAGCUGACAUUUAGGCUUACUCACCCACUGAUCUGAUGUCAACAGAAAAAUGUAACGAGCUUUACAAUCUUAAGGGCCACAUGUUGCUUUUUUAAUUCAAGUAAUCUACGAAGAGGGACAUUUACAGAAAGAUGCCAUUUCAACAGGACUGCAGUGGCAUGAUAACCACCAUGUGUGAAAGCUCAUCAUCUGUAGAUUUUUUUUUUUUUUUUUUUUUUCUUCCCCCUCCCAAGUACAAAAGUAGAUUUGAUUUCAGUAUGAUCUUUGAAUAUUCCCGAGAAAGAUGUUUGCACAACUGGAACAACGUGCCUCAAGAGGUCAAUUUAAAAAAAAAAAAAAAACACAACAAAGCACGUUUUGAGCUAAAUAUUUUAAAAUCAGGAACGUUUUCUCACCACACUGCUCCACAUCCUGUUGUUACAUGUCUGAUAUAGCUGAAGGGAGGCAGACGGGGGAGGAAUUACUGUGUAUCAUUAUCAAGGAACUGUGUAACCGCCUCUAAAAGGGCCCAGGCCGAUGAACUUUUCUAAGUUUCAUCCACGUGUGAUCGCCUCCCUCCGAAAUGCCAAAACUCUGCUCAGCAGAGAUAAUAAGAGAUGAUUGAGGUUUGACAGUCAUGCCAUGGUGAAUAGACUUGCACGCUUCUCUAACUGGACUGUGUGUUGAAAAGAUUGAUUUCUCUCAGUUGCCAGUUCAUUUUCUGGCACCAACAAACAGAUGAUCAAGUCCGGCACCGCUGGCUCGCUUUGGUUUUCUUUUAUAUUCAUUUUCCAUUUGAAGAAAUUUUGACCAUGUACAGUAAUUUGUAAACUUGCAUCAAGUUUAUGAAUAAAGAAUUUUAAGAUUA